UUACGUACUGGCUACAAUGGACACCAGUCUAAACAUUUGUGUACAAAAUCUAUUCUCUAUGGAGUCUACAAGUACACUUCCAAAAUGCAAGAUAUUAACAAGUGAUAUCUAUAACUCAAAAAAACUCUCAUGUCCUACAAAAGAAUCAUACCCAACAAAAAAGCAGUCUAAACAGCUCCAAGCAAAAUACAUUAAGAAAAUAUCUGAAGACCUUCACUUUUCAAAAGAAGUUGUUAAGGAUCGAGGGUUGGCGUGUCUUCCCUACUAUGAGUGGGAUUCUAAAGGUAUCUAUGAUGUCUCUGAUAUUUUGCCCAAUUUAGAGAGGAAGAGGCUAUCAACAUUUUUCCCAAUUCAACACAAGCUCUGUCACAUGAGAGGUGCAUUACUUUUUAGACCAAACAACAGAAUAAGCUGCAGUAAAUUUGGGAAAAGUAUAUGGAUGAAACCUAAAGCUAAAGAAAACCAGAUAAUUAGUUAUUCUCUUCCUCCUAAGACUCUAAAUCAAGAUGUUUUCUUGACUGAGACUGAGACUCAAGAGGUUCCAUUAACAAUUCAAAUGAAAAGAAAAUCUGACUUUAGUAAAACUACUUAUCAAAUUGAGAAAUACUCAACAUGGAAUUCAAUUUCUCUAAAUAAUGUGGAAAAGACCACUGGCGAUUUGUUUGUGGAUAAGUAUUCUAAUAAUGAAGAGGUUAAAAGUAGACUGUGUCAAAAUGAUGACUUAAAUUUCUCUGAUAAGCUUAUCAGGGAAGAAAACAUGAUUAACAGAGCAGAUGACCACAUUCAAGAAGAAAAGAAAACUGAAAUGCCUCUUCCUGUCUAUUAUAAGCUACCAAAUUAUUGUACUGAACGUAAAAAAGUUGACGAAACAUGUAGCAAAAAUAAGACAGCAGAAUCACUGGUGGUCAAGCAUUUUGAAUUGACUCCAACACCAAAACUACAGGAUAUUAUGAAUCCAAAAGCUGGAAAAUAUAUCUAUUCAACGGAAAACAAAUUUGAAGAGGAACUCUAUUCUGGUACCGGUAAAAUUAUACACCAGAAGGGCAAGAAAUGUAUUGUCAUGAAAAGCAACAACCUAUAUGAUAAACAUCUUCAAGAAACAUUUCCCAGAUCUUAUCAAGAGUGGAGUUUUGUAGAGGGUGAUGCAGGUAACUCUAAAAUACCUGAAAGAGGUGCGGUUCGCUGGACUGGUCUUCCAAGUUUAGUUCAGGAUGAAAUUACUAGGAGUUCAAGUUUAACAACUGACAAGAAAACCAUGAAUCAAGAGAAAGAAGCUGAAAAGGUGCAGAACAUAUCUUUAAAUGGGAGACAAGUCUUACAAAAUAUUGUGGCACAAUGGAGAGCUGCCUGGACCUUGAGUGGCUGUUGGAAAGAGGCUACGCUGGAGCAACUGAAGAGGGAUCUCAGUAGUCUGCACAGUGCGCAGAAAAUCUCAGCACUUAUAACCAUUGCUUCUGCUGCAGUGAGUCGGCCCCAGAAUAAAACAGAUUCUCUGUAUAAUGGCGCAUCUAAAGGAGUCCAUUCUAUUCCUGAUGUACCAGAAGAUAUGCAAGAACUCAUCUCUAGUUCUCUGAAAGAUGAAGAAGCCCUUGUAAAGAUGGCAGCAGCAUUGUGUCAAUAUGUUGUACGAGCAGUGAGUGACGAGGCGAGGACUAUUAUGUUUGCACAACUGCAUCAUGGUACUGAUGCUGACAGCUGGGCAGCAGCUCAAUGUCUAGCUUUGGAAGGUGAACACAACCAUCUUGUGGUGAAGAGGAUUCUGACACAGCUGUUUGAAGUCACAAACAAGGAGACAGAGGAACAGGCCUGCUAUUUACUGAGUGAGCUCAGUGAGAGCACAAGCUUGGUCCAUGCUAUGUUGGGAGAAGCAUUGAACAGUCAGAAUUGGAGACAUCGGAUUGUGGCCUGCAGGGCUCUGUCUCGGCUACAUGGACUUGUCAGUUGGGAUUUGAGAAAUAAGCUUAUCCACCUUAUGUGGGAGGACUGGAAGCCUGCGGUGCAACAAGCAGCUGCACAAGCCCUAGGCAAGAUGGGUUAUGGGAAGGAUGUUCAUGACCAACUGAGAGAGAAUUUAGAAAAAGGUAAUUGGAAAGAAAAGGUUCAAGCUCUGUCUCUGAUUGGCUGGCUACAACUUAUGACUGCACAGCUGCUUCCUGGCUUUCUUCAGUGUUUCUCUGAUGAUUUUGUAGCUGUCCGCAAAGAAGCCUGUGUCACCGCUGGUUUGCUGAAAAUCAAAGAUGAGAUGGUUCAGAAUUGCCUUUAUAAGUUAAUUCAGAGUGAUCCACUGUGGAAAAUUCAAGCAUUUGCCAUCAAAGCUGUAGGCAAAAUUGGACAAGUAACACCCCAUCUAAAAGAUCUUCUGUUGUGGGCAUUAAAAAGUACAGAACAAGGAGUGCGCAUGGAAACGUGUCACUGUAUUGCCGCUCUACAUAUACGUGACACAGAAAUACAACGUAUGUUGCAGGAUAUGCAUCUUGAGCCUCAUGAGAAUGUGAGGAGGGUAGUGAGCCAAACAAUAACGUCUUUAAACAUUGAGACAAUGGGAGACCAGGAGAUGAUAUUAAAGAUCCAGCAGCAGUUACUGUGUGUGCUGUUCCAGGUAUCUAAACUAUGUCAAAAGGAAUUGCUGAUUCCCAAAAUACUGAAUCUAGAUGACAAACCUUAAAACAGGACAGAAGAUGCAACAGAAAAGCCAAAAGACUUCCGCCUCAUGCCAAAAGCUAUAAGAAAAACCAUGUUUCUG